AUGUCAAAGUCAGCAGUGUCAUCAUCAACAACAAUAUUGAUAUCACCUAACUCUGAGAACAUACAAUAUAAAGGAAGGAUUGAUACGUCCAAUCUCAACAAUGAAGGUGCAUACUACUUUGAUUGGCCUGGUAUACAGAUAACAUUGGUGAUCAAAGGUACAUCAUCAAUUAAAGCCGUGCUCCAGUCCAAACUUGCUCUGAAUGACAUUGGUGAUCUACAUUAUAGUAAAGGCAAUAAGAAUAUAUUUGAUAUUGUUGUAAAUGGUACAUUUCAUUCAGUCUUUACAAUCUCAUCAUAUGAUCCAAAGAUGUCUUAUAGUCUGUUUGAUGAUGGAUACCUCUCUUCUGAUCAAACAUAUGUUGUAACAUUGAUAAAGAGGACAGAGGCAGCAUUUGGCCGAGUCAGCUUCUUUGGAUUCAUCGUGGAUAGUACAUACAUGUUGUUGCCACCUCCCAUCCCUCGUUCAAGAAGAUUACUAUUCCUUGGUGACAGCAUUACAUGUGGCUAUGGCAACAUGGUUAUUGACCCAUGCGAGUUCUCUGUUGAGACAGAGAAUGUGAACUUUGCAUAUGGAUCACUGAUAGCCAAACAAUUGGAGGCGGAUGCCUACUUUAUAGCAUGGUCAGGCAUUGGACUUUCACGUAACUGUGAUAGUCCAGAUACAACAUCCAAGGUUGUGUUUAAGGAUAUGUGGACAAGGACCUUGGCAACAAACUCAUCUUUACAGUGGGAGGCUGGAUUGUACCUCCCAGAUGCAGUCAUCAUCAACUUGGGCACCAAUGACUUUAUAACACAACCUAAUCCACCUCGAGACAUAUUCAUUGAGGAUUAUACCAACCUAGUCAAAGCGAUCCACAACAUAUAUUCAAACAAGCCAAAGAUAUUCCUCGCAUGUGGACCAAUGAUUGGAGAUCCAUGUUGUAGCUAUGUUCAAUCUGUUGCCGAUUCAAUUGACGGUGUAACAUAUAUAGACAUGCAGAACAUCUUGGUAACAGCAAAUGACAUUGGAUGUAGAGGGCAUCCAGGAAAAACAGGAAAUAUCAAGAUGGCCAAUAUCGCUUGUCCAAUCAUUCAAAAGGUGAUGGAAUGGGAUUGA